UGUCUGGUGUAGAGUGACCCUCAACGAAUCGGGCCUUUUUUACCUAUUUACCUGUUGUGAUAGUCGACAGACAUAGGUUUUAGCUGAGGCCCUUCGGCAAUAACUGGCUCGCGUGGCUGGGCCGGGAAUAUUACGUUGUAACUUGCGUGCUAUUUGACAAUAUCCCGUGUCAGUUAGUCUAAGGGUGAGGUGCGUGUGACGUUCUAGCCAAGUUAAGGACAGCAGGUCUCUUGGACGUCCGCUAUGCCAUAGCGAUAAUCUCUGUACCUACGUCACGAUGGAAAUGGACAGCCUGUUUACAGUUGCAGAGUUCAGCAUGGAUAUUCCGGAGAUGAGCCUGGGAUCCACGCUUGCCUCGGAAACCUGCUCAAAAGACACCGCGCCCGAUGACAAUAACAAUCAGGCACCCACACCAAGCGUCAGUGAUGAUCCGACAGCCCAAGACGACAACUUGGACAUUUCCACGAUCAAAGCUAGAUACAAAGUGGAAUAUAAUUUACGGAAAAGCUCUUUGGCGAACCGAGAGGAGACGGAAAAGCGACGAAAGUCUCCCAAGGCACCGAAACCUAAGAGUCGUCCGCCUCCCCUCAGCAAGUAUAGGAGACGGGCGGCGAACGCGCGGGAGCGGGGCCGAAUGUUGGAGAUAAACGAUGCCUUUGAUGCCUUGGCAGACGCCAUUCCUGUAUAUCAAUUCGAAGACAGCAAGGGUAAGCCGACGAAAAUCACAACUCUAAGGCUGGCAUUGAAUUACAUCACGGCUCUGAGAGAGACCUUGGGCUAUCCAUCGGCGACGUCCGAGUCUGACUUCUCCUCGACUGGUGAGGGAUGUAACAGCCCGUCAGGUGGUUCCUCUAGCGAUUUCUCCUCCGAGGGUCUACGAUCCCCGGCCACCAGCAAUCUGGACUCCGAGGGAGAAACAGUCGUGCAGUGAGUACAGAGACAUUUGUGGAAUGUUCAGAUUCAAAAUGCUGGCUAGGUACUAGCGUUCGCCUGGAAGGUUUAGGAUCUGUUUUAAAAAAUAUAAAAUCAUCGAGAUUGCAAUAUCUCCUUUGUCUAAGGCUGUGACCUCCAAAACCUGUGAUACCAUUACUUGAUCACAAACAAGACCAGUGCGGGUUCAAACUUAAAACUGGCAUGUGCUUUGUUGUUCCGUUUUGUUCACCAAGAUGUUCUUCGUUUAGCAAGGCACUGACGCACACAUACAGGAGACUAACCCUGUAAUAAUGAAUGAUAAUAAACUCGUGGAAUGAACAGGCGAAACAAGAUGGCAAGGAACUCUAAGAAUGAGCAGAUCAUUCAUGAUGGUACGGAAGUCUUGAUAGCCAGACUGUACAAGAUGGUAAGGAGCUCUUGGAAUGGGCAAGUCUCACGGGAUGGUAAGGAACUCCUGGAAUGGGCAGAUCUCACGGGAUGAUAAGGAACUUUUGGAAUGGGCAGACAUCACGGGAUUGUGAGGAACUCUUAGAAUGUGCAGAUCUCACUGGAUGGUAAUGAACUCAUGGAAUGUGCAGAUCUCACUGGAUGGUAAUGAACUCAUGGAAUGUGCAGAUCUCACGGGAUGGUAAUGAACUCAUGGAAUGUGCAGAUCUCACGGGAUGGUAAUGAACUCAUGGAAUGUGCAGAUCUCACUGGAUGGUAAUGAACUCAUGGAAUGUGCAGAUCUCACUGGAUGGUAAUGAACUCAUGGAAUGUGCAGAUCUCACGGGAUGGUAAUGAACUCAUGGAAUGUGCAGAUCUCACGGGAUGGUAAUGAACUCAUGGAAUGUGCAGAUCUCACGGGAUGGUAAUGAACUCAUGGAAUGUGCAGAUCUCACGGGAUGGUAAUGAAUUCAUGGAGUGAGCAGAUAUUACAGAAUGGCAGAACAGAUCGUGCUGGACGGUAAUGAACUCAUGAAACGAGGAGAUCAUACAGGACGCCAAAGAACUCAAUAGAAAAGAGACACAUUAUGGCUUAUAGCUAAGCUUGUUUCCAUGUGUACCUUACCUUGACAGAUUCCACGGAUCAGUAACUAUAAGGAAUGAGCGGCUCAUGAAUAAUAGAGAGUAGAGGCUUAAAGAAAAAUGGUGUCCAAUUUAACUCUUGAGCGAAAAUAGUUAAUCGAAUUACGUUCAGGUGAGUUAACCAAGCCGCCUGGGCUGGUUGACGAUGAUUUCUGUGCUACAUGCAGUGAUAGAUGAGAUUCACUAGUGUGAUGUCAGCAUUGAAGGGUGUUACUGAAAAUGGUGCCACAAUAAACUAAUAUGCGGAAUAAGCAAGAUAUCCGUGUCUCACUGUCAAGCUGGCAUACUGACACCCUCUACAUAAAACUGGUCAGUCGUGUUCACAAGGUAUCACAGAGUGACACUACGAUGAUUUACUACGCCUAGUAAUGAGCGCUUAGAACUUCUCAGACUGUGACGGAACUGUUAGUUCUGUGCAGAACUAUAUUUGCUGUCUGACAACUGUGGGUCCUUUUUCAACGAUUUGCAGGACUUGUGUUUCUGGACAUGCCUUGUGAUGUUGAUGUGAACAGAAGUGUGUUUUCAUUACUGACUGUAAGGCCAAAGCUUUGGACACAUUUGUAAUACAUUGUGUAGCCAACGGUUGGUCAGUAUCGGACAAAAAUGAAUCUUUUCAGUCUUGUGUGUUCGAAUUCGAGAAAUGUGACUUCAUUUCAGUCCUGACUACUACAGACUGUAAGUCAGGUCUGCUUGCGGUAAUUCACCAGAUUUACCGCAGUUAUGGUUUGAGUGAAGCAAGAUAACAUCUGGAAAAUCAUGACAUGUUAUGAGCAUGAAGGGAUUUAGCCCAUGCCUUUGUAUGCAUGUGCGAACCAUGCAAAUGUCACACAAAACUAUAGUGCUAAUUUGGCAAGCUUUGCCAAUGUUGAAUUCUAUGCUGUUUUCACUACUCAUUUUUCAUUUGACAUUCUUUAUAUUUCCAAAUCCAUCCUCAUCAGUCAUAAUCAUCUUUAUUUUUAUGACAUGCAAAGCGUAUAGUGUAUCAGGUAUUGACUUUUCAGUGACAGAAAUUGGAAUCGUGUCAUUUUAGGAUUUACGACUCAGCCUGCUACUUUAACAGUGUUGGUUUAAAAUUCAUGUUAUUGUCUCAUUUUAUGUUUUAUUUCUAUUUUAUAAGCCAUUGAUGUUCCCGCCAUUGAAAGCGUCAAAAUAAUUCAUUCUUGGGACGAUUCUUCUAGAAGAUUAAAUUUGUUAAUAUAUUGCAAAUGAUUUGUGUUGUUUAGAUAAAAAAGCUUUAUUUCACCGUUUGGUCCCAUGAAUAUCCUUUAUUCAAUCUGACAAUGCAAACACAUCAUGCUAAAAUGUCAACGUUGUAGGUUACCAGUGGCUUCAAAAACGUUUCACGUUUAAAAAUUUUUAAAUCGUAUAAAUACGAAAGGUCCUACUUGAAAUCUUCGUAAUAUACUUGACUGUAACAAGAACUAUCUUCUAAUGACAUUGACAAGCUUUUCUC